CGACAGUUUAAUGCAUGAAUUUUAUAACAGCCUAAAUACAUUUAUUCGUGAGUUCAUUCAACCACGGUCAAGGCAAUCAGUAGUGCAGGACGUUGGUGCAGGCCAAAGACAACCAUUACGAUAGUGGUUCUAUGUGUUAAACCCCUGGAUUCGUUCAGCAAACAUAAAAUAUUAAUAUGACAGUGGCUGCUUCUGUUGUUUUAGGAGCGAUAGAGAUUUCGUAGAAUUGUUUUUUUGGUGUGCAAGCAUUGCGUAAGUCGGAAAUAUACGUGCAUACACGAACAUCAUGACCAAGUGUCAUAACUGUGAAUCAGAACUCAAAUAUCAUACUAACAACAACGUUAGUCGUAUGUAGUAAGUGACAGUAUGAGUUGAUUGACAGGUCAAUUUAUACGUAUGUUUUACUGCGGUGGACAAUUUUACUACUCGAAAGUAAGCGUAACGUUUAAUACAGGUCACUAUGUAUAUAUAAUAUAUGUCUUUAACAAAAAGAGUGAGAAUGAGGUGAAUGAAUACACCAUGUGUGCCUUUAAUGUAUAGAAAGACGUCUAUGUUAUAUAGCAGGGUAGGAGAAGAUCGGACACCAAUACCCUAAUUGUGUUUUAAACAUUCAACAACGGAUGAGUACACACCAAAAAACAUUACAAUUAUCUUGCAUUAGCAGAUGUAGGUUUUAGAUCUAACGUAUCCUUACCUUGGUAUGUUGUCUGCUUCACUUCUAGGCAUAUGACGUCAUCAUCACGUCAUUACUACGUCAUUAUGAAACUUCUUUACGUCAUCACAUCCUUCCUAUUCGCGACGUGUGUAGCCGAGACAUGGCAUGAACUUAACGGCGUGGAAUAUUUCAUAUACAGAGGACAGAAACAGAACUUCAGCAGUGCAGAAUCAUUCUGUGAAGAGAAGAAUGCGAGUUUGGUUUUGAUCAAGUCAAAACAAAUUCAGGAUUUUCUGGCUGAAAAAAUUGGCAAUUCUACCGACCGACCACAUUCGUUCUACAUUGGGUUGCUACGUAUCAACGGAACAAAACAUGGUUUCCAAUGGAUAGAUGGGACUCCUCUAACCUUCACACAAUGGAGAAACCGUGAACCGAACAACAAACUGCAGAUGGAGGAUUGUGUGCAGAUGGGGAGGCGGGGACGACUAGAUGCUACAUAUAGUUGGAAUGAUAUGCCAUGUCACAGUAAUACAAAGGUUAUCUGCCAACGACCAACUAAAGAAAAAGUCACAACUUCGAGUGUCAUCGUUACAAGUGCAACAACGGUAACAACCCAAGUUUCAUUGGAUGAAAAACUUAUAAAGAGCUCAACUGUCAAAGAUGGAACGGUAUUGCCAAAUACUUCAGAUACUGAAACCUUAACAAACUUUCCUACAACCAGCAAUCCAACCACUUUAUAUGGAACGUUAGUUAAGAUGAGCACGGUUGAAAAUACUCCACCACAAACAGAUCACACAAGUAGUUUUUAUACCGUUGAAUUUAACCCAACGAGCUCAGAACCUUUACCAACAAGCACAAUAGACGGUAAAAUUGAGACGGUAAAAUUGACAACCCAACAGAUGCUACGAUCAAGUACCAAGACGCAAACGAUUCCAGCAUCGACUACUGUUGGCACAACUAGAAAACUUAUAGAAAAUCAACACACAGACGAAACAAGUGACCCUUCUACGCAAAAGAAUCCAGCUACAACACCUUAUAUAAGCUUGCACCACGAAAAACAUACCACAACUCCACAACAAUCCGAAUCGACAACAACAGAAGCAUCAACGCACAUUACUGAGCCAGCUACAACUGCAAGCGUGUCUUUAGAUAAAACUAGAGAUAAGCAAACGGAAAGCCCGACUACAUUUCGGACCACUAUUCCAGCAUCUACAACAGUAGUUCCUGAUACAACGCAAGUCACAACGAGCUUUUAUACGUUGUCAAUGCGGGCAACGAAAUCUCACACUACACCGACGAUAGCUAUUCUAGAUACACAAGAUGAUACCACAUUGUCUCCAACGACUACUACGACACAAACAACAACGACGGCUCCACAUAUUAGCUCUGGUGUGGUGGGCCAUGACAUUUCUACACAAACACAACAAGCAAAAACAACUAAUGAGAAUAUAGUGACAACACAUUCAGCUACAACCAAGCAAACUAUUGUUCCAAGGCCUACAGAAAUAAUUAGUACAAGCAGAAAAGUUACAAGAAGAAUAAAUCAAGAACCUUCAACAAUUGAAAGUCUAUUGAAUACAACAUCAGCAAUACAACAGGCAGCACAAACAAAUAAGACACAAGCAACAACCCAUAUGAACGAAGACUUGCCCAAUGCUGGAGCUAGAGUUAUGGUGACUGCAAUAGAAGCGAAUAAUUUAAACAUAGCAGGAGCUGGAGGUUCACCAGAACAAUGUGACUGCCCACCCUACUACAUAAUCGGUAUUGUUAUUGCAAUACUUGCGAUUAUUGCUGCACUUGUUAUUCUAGGGAUAUGGAAAAGAAAGGAAAGAAAACGAAUGCAGAGAAUUGAUGAAGAACGCGAGGAAAAUCCGCGUCAUUUAUACAAUGAACAAUAUUAAGGACAAAGACUUUUUUAUGGUCGACCUCAACAUUGAUGAUGUAAUCACUGGAAUAGGUUAGGUUUUAAUACCAAAGUAGCAAAAAAUAUAUGUUAUACGCAUUCUACUUUUACAAAAUGGCAUAUUGUAUAAACACCCUGAAAACAAUGUAUUUUCAGCAGCUGAAUUUAGCUCCUGUGACUCAUUUAUGAUACAUGUUUGUAUAUAAACGAUAAGCCUAUACACACAUAAGAAACUAAUUAAAUUAGAAACAAAAUACUCACCGAAAUAAAACUACAAUCCAGCUAAUUAAGCUAAUAGGACAUUAAAUACACAUACACAAAAAUAGAUGUAUACACUAACAUACAUAUAGAUGGAUGAAACACUGGGCAUAAAUAUCAUACAUAUAGAGAUAUACAGAUAAUAUAGAAAUGGUGUAAAUAACCUAAUAUGCUUCUUAUUUUACAUUAAUGUUGUCGCUUAUUGCUUUAUCUUACAGUUCCUUGUUGUCACUGUUUAAAUGCUAUGUAUAUUAUUUUGCGUGUAUGCCAUGCCAAAUAAAUGCUUGUAUUGUA